AUGUAUCGCAACAAAAAGUAUAGAAUCUUAAAAAUUAAUUCACUAAACAAUUUAAUGCAAACAGACAAAAAUAAAAUGGAAAAGAAAAACAAAAGACAAAGAAAGAUUAAUGACGCUUUCUUCAAAUUACGUACUUAUCAAGUUUAUCAACAAGGAGUUUUAUUAGUAUUAUUGAAUAACCAUUUUGAAAUUACCCUUCAAAUACCUACAAAACGUUCAGUUGUAACUCAUCAAUAUUUCAAAAUAAACGAACUUAGAAGAGGAAAUGAUUCAAUAAAAGUUGAAGAAUACGUAGAACAAAGGUGCAAAGAAAAAUAUUUACAAGACAUAUCAAAUGGUAUACCAGAAAAGACUGCAAGAAGAAGAUACGACACAAAUAAAAUCACAGAACAACUCCAUCUUCUGAUUGACCUUUCAACAGAGUUUGGUUAUAGAUUUGUAUCAAAACGAACUUCAGGGAAAAAAAGGUGCUCAAAUUGUUGA